AUGGCCGACACAGAGGAGCAGACCGAUUCGAAAUGCCCGCUAGAGGUGUCUGAGACGCCCAUUCGGGCUCCCCAAAUUUCCAACGACAUACCCAACAAGUUCAAGGGCCGCGGGCUGGCGUCCGUGGUAGGUUGCAUACUAUUCUCGUUCAAUACCUGGGGUGCCAACUCGGCCUAUUCACUUUACUACCAGGAAUACCUCAAUUCGGACGUAUUUCCCGGCACCACCAAGUACGAGUACGGUGUUGUGGGCGGGCUCACGUUUGGCGCCGGACUCACUUUUGGCCCGCUCAUCAACUAUCUCGUGGGCACGCUGGGGCUCAAGCCCACCAUCUCGAUCGGGAUCGCGUUCCAGCUCGCGUCGAUGCUGCUGGCGUCCUUCUGCACCAAGUACUGGCAGCUGGCGCUUACACAGGGCGUCUGGCAGGGCGUUGCGCUUGCGCUGAUUGCGAUUCCCAGCGUUGUCGUGAUCCCGCAGUGGUUCUCGAGUGGCAAGGGUGGCAAGCGUAAUCUCGCGCUGGGCUUCUCUGCGGCGGGCUCCGGGCUCGGUGGAAUUUUGUACAACAUUGGCAUGGAGCCCCUGCUCACCAGGUACGGCUACCAGUGGUCGAUGCGCACACAGGCCAUAAUCUGUGCUUUUCUCAACGUCGUCGCCGUCUUGUUGAUCCAGUCGCGCAACAAACAUAUCAAGCCCAUCUACAAAGUGUACGACAAGGUUGUGUGGUCGAACUUUGGCGUCUGGUGUCUUCUGGCGUGGAUCAUGUUCACGCUGUUUGGCUACGUGACGCUAAUGUAUAAUCUGGCCGACUUUACACGGUCGCUCGGCUACAACGCCAACAAGGCGUCCUUGGUGGCCACCAUGACAUCCAUCGGCAUCAUCUACGGCCGACCAACAAUGGGCCAGCUGUGCGACUUUCUCGGCCCGGUCAAUAUGACCAUCUUUGCAAGCUGGGUUGUGGCGCUGUUUGCUCUGGCCAUGUGGAUCCCGUGCCGCAAUUUCCCUACAGCGCUGAUUUUCGCGCUGUUCGAGGGCUCCCUCAUGGGCACCAUCUGGAUCACGCAGCCGUCGAUGGCGGCGCACAUUAUCGGGCUGCGCAAGAUGGGCAUUGCCCUGUCGCUCUCUUGGGUGGCUACCGGCGUGUUUGGGUUCCUGAGCCCGAUCCUGGGCAUAGCACUGAAAAAAGACGGCCCGCAGCGGCCAGAACAGUACCAAAACGCGGCCAUUUUCGUCGGCGUGUGCUACUUCGCCGCAGGCGUCAUGCUCGUCAUCCUGCGCGGCUGGCUCAUCGCCAGACAGGAGAUCACGCCGGGACACACCGACGAACAGCUCUGGCACGCGCGCGUGCCCAUCAAAAGCGCUGUGCGCUGCACGUUCUCGUGCAGAUUCCACAAACUGUAA